AUGCGGCAGGCCACCUCUUGGAACUCUCGCGCCAGCUCGCGGCCCUGGAUGGAAAGCGCGCGCGAGGCGUGCGCACGCACGGCCAGCGCGCCGUCGCGGAGGCUGGUGUCCACGGUGAGCAGCGCCGGGCUGGCGCACUCGUUGGCGUAG